AUGACUUCAUCAUUUCACUUCAAAAUUGGUAUCAUCGUUUCACUGGUAUAUAAAAACUUCUCCUUCUCUUGUUUCUUAGUGCACUCAGGCCUCACUCCUCAGCUUAUUCUCUCUUCAUUAUACUUCUCUUCUUUUGUCAUCCUCUUGAAUAUGAAGGUCUUUUCUUAUAAUUCAGCACUACAGGUAGUAUUACUAGUAGUUCUGGUUCAGUUUCUCCAUUACCCGGUUUCUGUUUCUGCUGAGUGUACGUGUGAACCAGAAGAUGAAGAAGGUGUUAACAAAACCCAAGCACUUGUACUCAAAAUCAUAUCCAUUGCUGUCAUUCUCUUUGCAAGUGCAAUUGGAGUGUGUCUUCCUGUUGUAGGCCGAAGAAUUCCAGCUUUACAUCCAGAGAGUAAUAUUUUCAUCGUUGUUAAAUCGUUUGCGGCUGGUGUCAUAUUAGCAACGGGCUUCAUUCAUAUAUUACCCGAUGCUUUUGAAGAUUUGACUUCUCCUUGUUUGAAAGAAAACCCAUGGGGGAAUUUUCCGUUUACGGGUUUUGUUGCGAUGAUGUCUGCUAUUUUAACAUUAAUGGCUGAUUCGCUAGCAACAGGUUACUAUAGGAGAUCAGAAUUGAAGAAAAAAUUCAGUCAUCAUGGUAGAGAUGAAACUAAAGCUAAUAUACACGCUAUUGGAGAUGAUGAACAAGAAGCAGGAAAUAAAUUAGAGGUUCAUACACACGCAACGCACGGUCAUGCACAUGGAUCAUCACUAACGUCCUCAGUGGAUAUGCUUCUGCGCCACAAAGUCAUAACUCAGGUAUUGGAAUUGGGAAUAUUGGUGCAUUCUGUGAUCAUAGGGGUAGCAGUGGGUGUCUCUAAAAGUCCUUCAACAAUUAAGCCUCUUAUUGCAGCAUUAACCUUCCAUCAGUUUUUCGAAGGUAUUGGACUCGGCGGAUGCAUAACACAAGCCAAAUUCAAUACCAAAUAUGUUGCUUGGAUGUGUGCAUUCUUCGCGCUAACCACACCAGGGGGUAUCGCACUUGGAAUUGGAAUCACAAAUGUUUACAGUGAAACUAGUCCUAUGGCUUUAAUAGUACAGGGGGUUGUGAAUGCGGCAGCAGCUGGAAUUUUAAUUUACAUGUCACUGGUAGACCUUUUGGCAGCUAUCUUCAUGGACCCUAAGCUUCAAGAAAAUACAAAGCUCCAAUUUUCUUCGUAUGUUUCACUUCUUUUAGGGGCUGGUGCUAUGUCUCUCAUUGCCAAAUGGGCUUAAGAAGAGUUCAUGUUUUUUUCAACCUUUUUUUUUUUUUUUUUUUGAAAUUUUAAUCAUGAAUUUUUCCUUAACCAGAAGCAGAGAGUAGAAUGACGUAUAGAGAGGCCUAGAGGGUAACAACUGCAGAUUGUCAUGUUUCUUUAAAAUUCUUGUUCCUGUUUUUCUUCUCUGUCCUUCAUUAUCCCACUUGCAAAUGGGCUUUUGGUGGUGAAAAAAUGACUUACAAGUCUAAAUUCAAACACUAAUAAAUAGUAUUUCUGGCAAAA